AUGCCUUUACAGAAAAGGUCAAUGUGGUGGUCUUGGAAAGAUGUGACAUUAGAUGAAAUGAAGGCGUUUAUUGGUGUCAUUAUAAACAUGGGAAUGAACGCUAAGCCUGAAAUUGACGACUACUUUUCUACGGAUUGGGUGGAUUAUCAACCUUUUUUUAAAGACUUUUUUUCUAGAGAAAGAUUCCUUCAAAUAUUUUGGAAUCUACACCUCAGUCCUCCGCCAAACGGGCCACGACUUGGCACUUUGACACGCUUCGGUAAAGUUCGAAAUGUAGUUUUGUACUUGGACAAAGAGUUUAGGGAAUACUAUGUGCCGAAAAAUAAGGUCAGCGUAGACGAGAGCACGAUCGGAUAUAAGGGGAAAAUACUCUUCAAAGUUUACAAUAAAGACAAACCUACCAAGUGGGGGAUAAAGGUUUUUGUCCUUUCAGAGUCAAGCUCAGGUUACAUUUGUGCACUAGAGCCCUAUUUUGGAAAGUCCACCACAGACCGAAUGGAACGGCAAGAUCUGGGUGUCACCAGUCGAGUAGUUUUGCAUUUGGUGAAUAAGCUCAGAUAUGAUUAUGGCAGUGAAGGUUUGCACGUGUUUACCGAUAGAUUUUAUACAAACGUUGACUUAGCUGAAGCUUUAUAUGAAAUGAAAGUGCAUAUAACAGGUACCAUUAUGAGGCAAAGGAAGGGAUUGCCGGAGCAAGUCAGACCAAAAAGGAAGAGUAAAUCUAAGAAUGCAAGAAAAGGAAAGAAGAAUCAAAAACAAAAGAAAGAAGUGCCAAAGUUGGAGUUAAAGAGAGGCGAUAUCAAAGCUUUCCGCAAAGAUGAUAAAUACAAUCUUCUACUUUGGAGGGACACUAAUUUAGUGGUAAUGCUGAGCUCGCUUUACGAUACUAGUGUUGAGACAAUAAGAAGAGUAAAAAAGAGAGGUAAAAUAGAAGAAAUCAAGAAGCCAAGAGUUGUGUGUGAAUACAACCAGUCGAUGGGUGGAGUCGACAUAGCCGAUCAAUACAUAUCAUCUUACAGUUUUACGAGGAAAUCAAUCAAGUGGUGGAGGAAAGUAUUCUUUUGGUUACUCGAAACUGCAAUUGUCAACGCUUAUUUACUUUACAAUAUGGAUAAGUGCCAAGGGAAAAUGAGACAACGAAAGUUCAGGAAGGAGUUAAUCAAAGAACUGGUGGGGAAUGUGAGGAAUGUAAAGAAAAGGGGAAGACCAUCUAACAUGGACGAAGACGAAAGAUUGAAUGGGAAACUACACCUUCUCUAUCCCAUCGGACCGGGCAAGGCAGCGAAGGACUGUUGUGUUUGCAGUGACAGAAGUGCUGCUGGAACAAGAAAACGAACACGAUACUUCUGCAAAACGUGUGAGAAAGAACCUGGACUGUGUAUUGGUCAAUGUUUUGAAAGGUACCAUACCGACAAGAAGGUAAAAAACUAA